GGCGAAGAGGCUGUUACCGAAGAUAGGCAAAUCUUUUAUUCCAUUCGAAGAGGAUAGACCGCCUCCAUAAGCUCGUUGCCAAGGACAGCAUUCUCCGAUCUAUACACAACAUAUAACUAGACAUGGCGCAAACCAUCAAGAGCUCUGCGCACGUCGGCCCGUCUCCUCUAGGAGGCAAGCCCUUCGUAUCGAAAUGGUCUUCCCGAUAUAGAGGUGCUACAGUACAAGAUCUCGAGCCUCCCGCAGCUCUCUCGCUAAACCCCUCGGACCCCGUCUCGCUCGCCCUAAUCUCAUCCUUCGAGCGCGACUACACGCACCUGACCAUCGUAGACUCGGAGACUCGCGCGCUGCUAGGCUACGUCGCCAUACCGGUGUUGCAGGCGCAGCUCGACACGGGCAAAGUAAAACCCGGGGACCCCAUCUCCAAAGCCAUGGCGCACUUCGAGCGCAAAGGCAAGAAGUACAAGGUCAUCACGAUGGCCACGCCGCUAGAGGAGCUCGAGGAGUUCUUCGAGGGCGGCGCGUCGGGCAUCGGCCAGAAGCAGGAGUUUGCCGUUGUGACCGACGAGGAUAGGAGGUUUGUCCUCGGCGUUGCCACGCGGAGUGACCUGGAGGAGUUCGUCAAGAGAAGACCGGCGUGACGGAUGGAUGAGCGAGUGGAUGUAGCGCCUAGGAGUUAAUCGACGUGAUCUAGACGGAGUUCGAUAUUCGGAGGGUAUGGCAAGUAAUGGGUCAAGAUCGGGCAAUGGAGGGAAAGGCGCUAUAGGAAGAAGGUGCUUUAUCACGCUGGGCUCGGGAUUGUUACAGAGCAUUCCUUGCAUUGAGGGAUUCAACACCUCGUGCUAGUUAUGCUAUAGGGGCUCCGUUCAACAUGAGAUGGAGGCCACGUUCGAGCAAAGACAAAGUCGCAAAUUGUACGUAAUAUGCUCCAGA